AGUUGUACAAACUGAUACAAAGUAUAAAAAAAAGUCAUUAUGUUUAUUUUUCGUGUUUUUCGUACAUUAUUGUUGAAAAUGAUAUUCAAAAGUUAUUUGAGACGAAAAAUCUAUGCAUUGGAAAAAUUAAAAGGAAACACACCUAAAUAUUCAAUUUUCGAUCGUUUCAUCAACGUAUUGCUUAAUUUAGUAUGGUGUAUUUGGAUGGAAAAAUGGUUUGGUGUAAAUAAAGAUAACAAAAGAAUGAUAAAAUGGGCAAAAAUUAAGAAAAUUUUAGAAACCAACGGGACGUUUGCUAACUUUCUAUUAAAAUCUUUACUAGGAUUUAUGAGUGGCAUUAUAUUGACCAUGGGAAUGUUCAUGUUUCUGUUAUUGCAAUUAAAUUAUUCUUACACAAAGGCCACAGUAAUAAGUUCGGCAGUUGGAGGCGUACUAACAUUAGGAUUGGCAUUUUCUCCGAUGUGCAGAUGUAUUUUUAUGAUGGUCUUGCCGCAGUUAUUUUCGGAUAAGGGUCGACACGCGCUACUUAUGUACGCGUUCAUUUUAUCAUUUUCUGGACCUUCCAAGACUACAUUACACAACACCGGAGUCUUAUCGGAAUCGCUCACUUGCUUGCAGGACGAAAUAAAAUCGGCCAUACGACAAAUAGUUGAAAUAAUAAAAAAGCCACUACUGGCCAUCCGAUCGUCUAUAACGCGCAUAAAGGCAGACCUAGCUGUUAUAAUAAAUAAAAUGAAAAAAGGAAUGUUGGCCGUAAAGAAUACCGUAAUCGAGUUAGUACGAACAAUUAAGUCAGCGUAUGAAUGGCUGUACAGUAUAAUGAACAUUUGCAACAAAAAAGUCGGCACGCCAUUUCAGAGGUGCGCGAAAAUGUUUGACGACGCUUUGGAGGAGUGUAAAGUAAACAUGCCGCCUGCUUUCGAUUUUAUGUGUUCGAUAUCGUACGUGAUUUCAAAUGUAUGCUACACGGUUAAGUUUCUGGACAGCCUUUGUGAAUUUUUUGAAUUCAUAAACGAAUCUAUUUUUGGGGCCAUUCGAAACAGCUUGAAGAGUUACGUACGGCACAUGAAAAAUAUGUUUUACGUAUCCAUCGAGUUCAAACAUUCGUUUGCAUUUGAGUCGACACCGAGCAAACUGAGCAGUGAUAUCAUUCGCGGUAUCAUUACUGAAAUCAAGUACAAGAUCGAAAAUGUCGUACUGUUGUUUGACUGGGCUGGGUCGAUUUUUUCGUUCUUCUUUCUGUACGUGUUUGUGAAGGUGUUACGAUACAGACAAAAGUAUUUGACGGUUGAUUCGUUUGAUAACAAAUAUUUGACAAAGGAAUUAUACGAGCUAGACGAACGAAAACAGAUCCUCGAUCGACCGACCAUUAUGCCGCUGACUAGAGUAGAAAAAAAUAAAUUCAUUGAGGUUUCUCAGUUUCUACUUUUUAUAUACACAGGGUGUAAUAGAAAUCGAACAUCUGCUCAUUUGAUACUGAGAGAAAAAAAAGCGUUGUUCCGGUCAUUGGCCAUACUAUUAUUGGCGACAUUUAAGAUACUCAUACAAAUGGCUGUGGAUUACAGUCUUUAUUGGAUAUUGAUCACUGUCAGAAAAUAUGGACGACUGUCGUCACAACUCGAUCCACCAAGAAUGAUCGAUGUGAACAUCGACGGCGAUGGAGUACUAGCAGACCUUUAUAAAACUAUAAUUCAAACGUUUAAGCCGGUGGCGAAGGAAAUGAACAUGGACACAAUGAGUUGCUUGCCAAAUCCCUGGCCACCAAACUACGAUUGCUAUCGGCGGAUAAUUAUUGUGUUAACUUUGACGUGGUUUCUGGCUAUUAUGCAACCGUACGGUUUGAGGUUUCGGUCUUACGUUAUGGGAUAUUAUCACCCAGACGUGGCUAGCACAAGAGCGGUAUGGCUGCAUAACCACAUAAUCCGCAGGAGAAUCAGUUUUGUCAAAUUCGCAAGACGAUUUCUGCGCAGAAAAUUCGGCUUGGGUGGAGGAGAAGGUGCUACAGGCACAUCCUUCAUGGAUUUUAUCUAUUCCAAGUAUCCGUUUUUGGAUCGCAUCUGGAGUCGUAAAAAGCAGACAGUAUGCCUGUUAUGUGGUUACAAAGCAAAAGGAAGAGAUUUCAAAUCAGGCGAAAUAGUGCUGUGUGCCAAUGACAACUGUAAAGGUGUGUAUUGUUCAAAAUGUUUCACGGACAUUGAUAACGUAUGCACUUUAUGCAGCAAACCUAUUCAUUAUGGAGAUAUAACAGACAUCAGUGAAGAAAAAGAUAGUUCUUCGGAUGCAACGGAGACGAACGUUGUGAAAUUACCAAUCUACAGAAGACCAGCAAAGAAGAUUGGGAAACGAAAACGCGCGGUCACGUGGGCCAAAACAAAAGUGUCCUCAGUUUUUCGUAAAGAUAGCUCUGGCGAGGAAGGCGAUAUCAGCGAUGAGAGAUCAAGUGUAUGUACAAACAGUACAUGUAGCACUGUGUCAAACUCGUAUGAAAAUGAUCCUAACUACGUUAACGCUGAUUUGAACUACAGGACGUUAAUCGUAGAGAGUCAAGAUUGAAUCCGAACGAAUUUGUCGAUUUAAUUAUAAUAUAGUACUAUGAAUACAUUUUUUUUCUGAUGAUCAACGAGGUUAAUCGUAACGACAUUAAUGUGUUAUAUUUCUGUACAAAUAUUGUAAUUGUAUAAAAUUGGGUAAUCGUAUAAUUAUAUAAUAUUAUUAAAAUAACUUACUAGGUAAUAAUUAUAUGCUGUAUAGUGUACCCAUCUACAAUGUCAUGUUAUUAUAUAUGUAUGUAAUAGUCUAUAUUACUUUAUGACUUAUUUUUAGACAGUUAUUGAUAUUAAAGCAUUUUCGUUCUGCCCCAAUACGAAUUGAUUUUUGAAAUUGUACUCUACUAACUUGAAUUUAUAAAAUGUU